UUCUUGUGCUUCUGUAUACACCAAGUCGAAGACACAAACUCAACUAGUAUUUAUUGUCAACCUUCUUAAUUCCCUAAGAACCAAAACAGAAAGAACAUACACUUCCCAUUAUACAAAUGAGGCCACAAUCACUCAACAUAUUGCUUGUGCCAUUUUUCUUGCUUUUUCUUGCUGAUUUUCCUUCCAAAGCAAAUGGGUCUCUGCUAACACUUAUGGAUCCUUCUAGUAGUCUCUUGUCUGAUCUCUGGUCUGAUCGGUUCCCUGACCCAUUUCGUGUGCUGGAACAAAUUCCAUUUGGAGUUGACAAAGAUGAACCAUCCAUGGCUCUGUCACCUGCUAGAGUAGACUGGAAGGAGACACCAGAGGGGCAUGUUAUAAUGCUGGAUGUGCCAGGGUUGAAAAAAGAUGAGAUAAAGAUAGAAGUGGAAGAGAAUAGGGUACUGAGAGUAAGUGGAGAAAGGAAGAAGGAGGAAGAGAAGAAAGAGGAUCACUGGCAUAGAGUGGAAAGAUCAUAUGGCAAAUUUUGGAGGCAGUUUAGGUUGCCAGAGAAUGUUGACUUUGAUUCUGUGAAGGCUAAGUUGGAGAAUGGAGUGCUUACUUUGACACUGAACAAGUUGUCACCUGAUAAGAUUAAAGGUCCCAAGGUAGUGGCUAUUGCUGGGGAGGAUGAGCAACAAGCCAAGCUCAACAUUGAUGGUGCCAAACAGGAGCUUUGAAUUUAUGGUGAAUGAUCAUAGAAAAAAAACAAAAAAACAAAACUGGUUUUUCUUUGUGUUUUAAUUUGUGAAUAAAAAGGUUUUCACCAGCACCUUUGGUUGUUUAGAUGUAAUGGGUUAUUAUUGAUCUUUGUUAAAGAUGAGUGUGUUAUUUAGUGCUGUGUAGGCUUGAUCUCUCCUAAUAAAUUCAGAGGUGUUUUCUUGUUCUAUCA